GCCCCAAGGUUCAGCUGAUAGCAUUCUACGGUAUUUACUAGUUUUAAAUGGGAAACGGAUACUACUGACUGUACAGUUACAGUGUCUAUGGCGAUCUAAUAGUACUGUAGUUGUGUUAAAUUUGGGCUUUCUCGUUUUACCAUUUUCGUUUCCUUGCUUGCCGGCAGGUUUAUCAGGCCAUGCACUGUGUCGGCCUGUAACGUCUGUUCUAGACUGGCGUCAGAAUUCAGUACAGUACUUCUGAAGUAUUGAUCAUUGCUUAAUUUAGAAGCGGAUUGUUGGACGGAGUCCUCGAAAGUAUUACUGUUAGUAUUGCUCACUGCUCCUGACUUGCGAAUAACAUUCAUAAUGGGAAGUCAAUGUCAGCCAUCAAAUCUCUCCGAGGGAUUACUCUUCGGAUUAGGGAACCCGCUGCUCGAUAUUACCGCCGCAGUAGAUACGCAGUUUUUGGAAAAAUACGGCCUAAACGCUAAUGAUGCGAUCCUCGGCGGAGAAAAGCAAAAGAACCUUUCCCACGAUAUGGUGGAGAAGUACAAAGACGUGAUCUACACUGCCGGCGGUUCAUGCCUGAAUUCCUUCCGGAUUGCGCAAUGGCACUUGCGGAAGCCGCAUGUUGUCACCAACACCGGCUGCGUCGGCAACGAUGAGUUUGGACGGAUUCUGCAGAAGCGCGCUCUGGAGGUUGGCGUGAACGUAAAGUUCCAGAUUACGGACAAAGAACCCACCGGUACAUGUCCCGUCCUAGUCACCGGGACCCACAGGUCGUUGGUAGCCUUCUUGAACGCCGCCCUUUGUUUCGACAAAGAGCAUUUAAAAGAUGCUGAUAUCAAAGAUUUGAUCGAGAAAGCACAGUUUUUCUACACCACGGGAUAUUUUCUUGUUGUCAGUCUUCCAAGUCUGUUGGAAAUUGGCCAGCACUGCCUUCAGCGGAACAAGUGUUUCCUUUUUAAUAUUUCAGCUGGUUAUGUCUGCGAGAGUUACAAGAAUUCUGUGGAACAGCUGUUGCCCUACGUAGAUGUGGUAUUUGGUAACGACCAGGAGUUUACAGCCUUCUCCCAUGCCUUUGAUUUGGGGACAACAGAUAUGCAUGAAAUCGCUAAGAAAGUGGCGGUCAUGCCUAAGCUGAACAGUGCCCGAAAGCGCAUAGUUGUGAUUACUCAAGGCCCGGGCAUAGCGUUGGUGUGCCACGAUGGCCUAACCAUUGAUGAGUAUCCAGCCACUCGCAUCCCCGAUUCGGAAAUCGCUGAGACUAAUGGAGCGGGAGAUGGGUUUGUUGGCGGAUUCCUGUCACAGUUUAUCCAAGGUGCCUCGCUUGCCCAAUGCAUGGCUUGUGGACAUUACACAGCUGGACAAGUAAUUCGUCAGCACGGAGUGAAUGUGCCUCCUGAGCCAAAUUUCGUUUUCGCGGACAGUCAACAGACUUGCUCUUAGUCGACUCUUAGUGUUUUAAUUUAUUUCUGAGUUUCUUUGUUAAUUCUAUUAUUGAAGCUCUCUACGUUAAACUGCUAUAAAUAACUUUUUGGAAGCUUGAUACGUCAAGGCAAUUAACUCUGCCAACAGCAUCUGUAAAAGACAUUGUCGAAGUAUAACCAUUUGCGAUUUUUGCCUUGGGAUUUGCUUUAAAUGGAUUUGUGUUACUGGUCGUACCUCACACAAGUUUAAAAUUCAAACUAAAUUGCUCCGCGUCCGGUUUUUGUUGUUUUCCUCCGUACGCUUCUUGCUAUAUUGGUUACAUCUUCAAGAAAAUGCAGUGACGAUUA